CACCUUUAUAUUUUAUUAUAAUGAAUCUUGAUCUUUUUGCUACUCGGUAUAAACGUCCUAGAGAUGAUCAGCGAAUAAAGAUUGUUAUAUUUCUUAAAGAUGUUAUGUCUACAGUUCAUAUCGUAAAUGAUCUAGACAGAGAUGCGACAUUGGGAGAUGCACGUAAAUAUUUGGCUAAGAUUGAAAAUGAUUUAAAUACUUUUAUAGGUUGGAAAAAUACUUUUUUUCGUAAUGCUUCUAGGAAAAUUCCUCAUAGCGAUGAAGAUAAUUAUAAUGUUGAAGGUAUUUUAAUUUUGGAAGAAGAUUUUUACUCCCUACAUAUAGAAAUAGAUGAAACAAUCCCUUGUGUCCCAGAGCUUGUGCGAAAUCUUAAUAUGGACAGAGGAUAUAAUAAACAUGACGAAAAUUCCAUAAUCCCAGCAAAUACAUCAGCAUUUUCUAUAAAAGACUUACAUAUGAAGGAUAUUAUAAUUGAAAAUAAACUUGAAAUUACAGUUAAACAAUCAAACAGAAAAAUCGAGCAAUUCUGGAUAGAAAGUUUUGAAAAUAAUUGUACAAAACAAAGCGAUAAAAUAGCAGAAAAUUGUAGUGAUGAAAUAGUAUUAAACAAGUACACUACUAAAACAUGCCACAAAGGUACAAUAUUGUUAUCCUGUAAAGAUUUAGAGGCUACAGAAGAAUAUAUUAACGCUAUUAAUAAUGCAUUGGAUGGGAAUCAUAACGAUACUCAAAAAAAAGAUAAUUUAAAAAAUAUUGGUAAUGAUUAUGGAUUUUUUGGGUGGCAUGAAAUUAAACUUGGUGGCAAGUUUUUAGAGAUGACAAAUGAACAUAAGAUCAUUGGUGGCAUCGGUGACAGAUAUGAUGGAAAUACGCCUGAAUGGAUAGAAUCAUUAGAAUCCUAUAAAACGUGGGAAAUAAUUGAAUAUAAAGAUAAAUUUUCGCUUUAUGAAUUACUACCAGAAGAAAUGCAAUUAGAGAUAAAACGGCUUAAUGGCAUGAAAUUUCCUAUUACUUUACCUGUUCCUAUGCCACCAGAAAUUCCAACAUUAAAAGACAAUAAAAUAUUCGCUUCAAUUCUAAAUAAAGAUAUUAAGAAACCUUUUAAAGAUGUAUUUGGAAUCCGCAUUGAUUACCAAACUGAUAACAUUAUUGGAUAUGAUAAAGAUCUUCCAACUCAACCAAUUUCAAAUAAUUCGGGUUUAGAAGGAGUUUGGACUAAGGAUAGUGAAAAUAUGAAAAUUGAAGGACCAAUUAUACAAAAACAUUGUUUGAUUGGUACUUGCGUUUUACAUCUUGACAAAAAUCCUAACUAUGAUUUUGCACAAUCAAAAUCGAUAAUUAGCUAUUAUUCUUGCCAAUCUCCAGAUAAGGAAUUAAUAAAUAUAUUUUGUAACCAAAAUAGCCUUUAUGACAGUUAUGACGAAGAAAGUCAAUUAAAAUUUGAGGUUAAUUGUGCAAUUUUUAAUGGAAAUGAUAUUGGUAGGUUACCUCCUAAGAUCGUUAGGGGGCCAACAAAACAAUCUUGGAAAGAACCGAGGGAUUUAAUGAAAAAUGAAAGAAAUCUUUUUAUUGGUAAUAAAUGGGAUUUAUCCGAUAGUAAUCUUAUUUUUGCAAGUUUAGUGUAUUUAGAUUCUUUAGGUGAUCAUUUUUUCUUAAAUAACAGUCCAGAAUAUCCGAUCAUACAAUCACCGAUUGAUUCCGAUAAUGAAAUUCCUAAUUGUUCACAGAAAUGUAUUGAAUAUGAUGUGAAGAAAGCUAAUAAAACAUUUACACAAGAAACAUCUCAAUCUGAAAAAGAGAAUAUUGAGAUAACUCAAUUAACAGAAGCAUUUGGAAAUCUUAAGCUAUAUUGUAUAAUGGAUUGUUCAUCAAAUGAAUUAGAAGAAGUUAAAAAAAUAAUAUAUAAGCUUACCAAAAUAGUGAAUGAUAUAACAAAGACAAAAGACAAAGAUGGGUUGAGUAAAGGAAGAGAAAUAGAACAUCCAAUUAAAAAAACUGAUAUACGGUUUUUUGAAUUUGUAAAAAAUCAAAAACAUCAAGUUAUAAAAAAGGUUGUAAAAGAAAAAGAUUCAAUUAUCAAAAAUUGUUUAAGAAUUGAAAUUAAAUUAGUUCAAGAAUUAUUUAAUAGUUCAAAUAGUAAUAAGAAUAAUGAUGAAUUAAGUAAUGAGAAGGAUGUAUAUUUAGUGAGAAAGGUAGAUAAAGAUAAAAUUGAGAAAUUAGAUGUAAGUAAUAUGCUGAAAGGAGCUAUUAAUAAGGAUAAAGUUGGAAUCAAAGAAACUUAUCUAUAA